AGAAGAUUAUGUUUUCGAUUGAUUGUCUUGUUGAAAUGGUUGAAGUAUGAAAAAGAAACAGGGAAAGUUAUCAAUAAAGUAAAAAUCAUUCAACAAAAAGGAGCAAAGUGAAAAAAAUUGUUGUGUAUCGAGUAAAACAAUUGAACUGGAUAUAUUGAGCAGUUUUCGAUAAUUUGGAGGUAUAAAUUCAAUCAUAAGGACAUUUUGUGAACAAAUUCAGAAAACUAGAACAGCAUAAAAAUGUCGAUCAUGGACAGAAUCAGACAAUCAUACUGGGUCGAAAACGUACCAAGACGGAACAUUAUUGCGACUCUGGUAGCGUCUUUCCUCUUUUUCAGUGGAUGGUGGAUUGCGAUCGAUACCGCUUCUGUACAUCCCAAAUCAUGGGAUUUCUCCUAUUACAUCUGUGGUAUUUUAGCUACCAUAAGUUUCUUCAUGGUCAAUUCGAUUUCGAAUGAGAUGCUUCAUGGUGGUGCAGCCUACACUGGUGGUGUACUGGGUGAAAGUGGCAUUAAGGUAUUCCUAUUCAUUGGAUUCGUGCUUGGUUUUGCUUCGAUAAUUGCAGCCAUCUGGAUAAUGAUUGCGGAAUUUGCUACUAACAACGACAAGCUGGAAAAGGGACCAGGAUACGCCCUCCUGGUGCACAACAUUUUCAUUUUCUUCUCAUCACUAAUCUACAAGUUUGGUCGUCAUAGUGAUGAUCCGUACGCUGCUGGGAUUUUCUAAACAUUUUCAAUUUAGUUUAUAUAUUGCCAUCCGUGCUUGUGAUUAUGCGAUAAUUUUUUUGUCCACAGAUCACCGAUGAAUUCAUUACUUAAUGAGAAAUGUUUCAAAUGUACACUCGAAGAAUGAAAGCAAUGCGGUGAUAUCUCAUUUAUAGAAUUAUUUUUCACAUGAAAUUCAAGUACUAAACAUAUUCAUGAAAAUAUACACUCUGAAUUAGUACAUCUUCGAUGAGAACAGUAGAGAACUUGAACAAACUUCUGAAUGAUGGUCAGCUAUUCAGGUACGAUUUUAUGAAUAUGAAGUAAUAUAAUACUGCAAUAUUAACCUAAUAUUUUAAUUUCGAAAUAUGUAUAUAUUAUUGCAGUAUAAAAUAAAGAAAACUUACAGUACUA